AUGGCACGCGACAAGUUUGCUCGACAGAGCCUCGGUGGCACGCUCCAUCAGCGCAUCAAAGAGUCACGCGUCUUGAUGGUAGGAGCUGGCGGCAUUGGCUGCGAACUCCUCAAGAACCUCGUCCUCACCGGCUUCGGCGAGAUACACAUCGUCGAUCUCGAUACCAUCGAUCUCAGCAACCUCAACCGCCAGUUCCUGUUCCGCAAUGAGCAUAUCAAGAAGUCCAAAGCACUGGUUGCGAAAGAGUCGGCCGGCAAGUUCAAUCCCGACGUCAGCAUCGUUGCGUACCACGACAACAUCAAGGAUGGCCAGUUCAACGUCGCGUGGUUCCAGAGCUUCGGCCUCGUCUUCAAUGCGCUGGACAAUCUCGAUGCGCGGCGACAUGUCAACAGGAUGUGCCUUGCCGCCAAUGUGCCGUUGAUCGAGAGUGGCACGACUGGCUUCAAUGGCCAGGUCCAGGUUAUCAAGAGGGGCGAAACCGAAUGCUACGACUGCACGCCAAAAGCCGCGCCCAAGUCCUUCCCCGUAUGCACCAUCCGAAGCACACCCUCGCAACCCAUCCACUGCAUAGUAUGGGGCAAGUCAUAUCUGUUCGCCGAAAUCUUUGGCACCUCGGAAGACGAAGCGCCCGAACUAGAUCACAGCGAAGAUGCCGACAACGCAAGCGAAGUCGCGAACCUGCAGAAGGAGGCACAAGCGCUGAAGCGCAUUCGCGAUUCCAUGGGUUCCCAGGAUUUCCCGCGACUCGUAUUUGACAAAGUGUUCAAAGAGGACAUUGAGCGGUUACGGAGCAUGGAAGAUAUGUGGAAGACCAAACGGGCGCCAGAGGCGCUGGACUACGACGCGCUCAUGCAGGAGUCGCUGGGUGUGGGCACGGGAAUCGCGCAGCAAGACCAAGUCACAUGGAAUGUAGCCGAGAAUUUCGCCGUCUUCGUGGACAGUAUCAAGCGACUCAGCACCCGGCUGGAAGAGACGCGCGCAAAUGCCGACGUUGGCAAUGCGGCACCUAUCCUCAGCUUCGACAAGGACGAUGUGGACACGCUGGACUUUGUGGUUGCGAGUGCCAAUCUGCGCUCACACAUCUUCGGCAUCGAGAUGCGUUCCAAGUUUGACAUCAAGCAAAUGGCUGGCAACAUCAUCCCCGCCAUCGCGACAACAAACGCCAUGACGGCCAGUCUCUGCGUCUUACAAGCCUUCAAGGUCAUGCGCGAUCAGCUCGACAAAGCCAAGAUGGUCUUCCUCACCCGCAGCACCGAGCGCGUCAUUUCAAGCGAAUCACUCCGACCACCGAAUCCUCACUGUGCGACGUGUGGUGUAUGCUAUGCCACCCUGCACGUCGAUACACCGCGCGCGAAGCUAAGCGAUCUGAUCAACAUGGUCCUGAAGGAGAAGCUCGGCUACGGAGAAGAGUUCAGCGUCAAGCGCGAUUCAGAUAUACUCUAUGACAUGGACGAAGACAUUCAUCUCGACAAGACAUUUGAGGAACUCAACUUGAAGAACGACACCUUCCUCACGGUUUCUGACGACUCAGAAGAAGACGCAAAAGUCGAUCUAGUGCUCUGCAUCAUACACACAGAGUUUACCGAGAACGCGAAUCCGAUCAGGUUACCCGAUGAGAUCAAGAUUCCGACCAAACCCAAGGCACCUGCGCCGGAGACUAACGGUCAUGCGACUGUCAACGGCACCGCUACCAAUGGUGUCACAAAUGGAAGUACGAAUGGCGCUGCGAAGCGCACAGCCAGUCAAGCAGGUCUAGAGGACGACCUCGUCCGAAAGAAGGGCAAGGUCAUGGAGGAGUCGCAAAAGAAAGACGACAGCCACAUAACCAUUGAGGACGACAAGGACGGAGCAAUUGUCAUUGAUGACGACUGA